AUGCUUUCGCACCGCACGCAACCGGGGGCGUAUAUUUUCGUGGCCGACCAGUUUCCGCCCAAAGACGGGCAUACCGUCAGCUUUCUCCAUCAGCCCACCCGCGUUAUCACCGGUGCGGAGCGGCUGGCGAAAACAACGGGCGCCGUGGUGGUAUACGCCGGCGGCGGCCGGCCCCUAUGCCAUCACGGAGAAAUUCACGGCGCUGCUGGAAGAAGACAUCCGCGAAACGCCGCAGCACUGGCUCUGGUCGCACCGCCGCUGGAAGCAGCCAUAGUUACCGUGCUUCCAGCUGCUUCAACGGAAUUUUGGCCAGGUAAACCGACGUUUUGCCUUCGUGCGAGGAGUAAUAGGUCGUCCACAACCGCCCCCUGUACACCAGCAUGCCGGGGUAACUGUUGUCGCCGGCGCUGGGCAGGUCAAUGGUUUUACGCACUUUGCCUUCGAGGUCGGUCACAUACAGCACCGUGCUUACUUUGGGUUUGUAUUGGCGGGUGCCGAUCACCAGCGUUUCAUUGUCGAGGAACAGGAAGUUGGGGCCGCCCAGCCGACGGUCCAUUUUAG